CAUAGUAUCGAUAAAUAUUUUCUAGCAGUAAGUUUGCACUCUGUUUUGUGUGGAGACGCGUGGCGUAAAAGAACGAUUUACCUUGCUCUUGAGGUAAAAAAACGUGAUUAAAAUGGUGGUCAAGGUCUACAUUAGUCGAACAUCUGGCGAUAUGGAGAUUAAAUCGCGGCAGCAAGCGGUGCUGCAGAUUCUGGAUUCCAAGAAAAUCAUACACGAAGUGAUUGACAUUGCGGAGGAUGAUAAUAAGGAGCAGAAGGAGUUUAUGCAGAAAAAUGCAACGUCGAUAGGUGCAACUGCAAUGGAACCGAACCCGGUGCAUUCUCUGCCACCACAAAUAUUCAACGACGGGGAAUAUUGCGGAGACUAUGAUGAGUUUGAAAUGGCAAACGAAAAUAAAGACUUGGACAGGUUUCUAAAAUUGGUACCGGAAGAAGUCGAAAUUCACACUUCUACAGCGGAAAUGAAAAUCUCGUCCAACCAACAAGAGGAAAUUAACGAUACAUAAUUGAAACGUUAAUAACUAUCAUCACAAGAAUGUUUGUUAAGUGAAGCGAACAAAAAAAGCGUUAUUUAAACAACAAUAAAUACGUAAUUAAGGUACUUUUUGUUGUAGGAAAGGUUGUUUUUCUAAUUUAUUAUUUUACAAAAUUUUCAAUUCCCAUUGUGUUUAAUUUUUUCCGCUUUUGCUAAACGCAAUUUAGUUUCCAUUGUAUUCAAAAUUAGAAUUGUACUUAUUUUGUAAACAGUUUUUAGAAGUAAAAGUGAAUCAUUUGGUGCUCAAAACGUCUAAAUAGAUUUAUAAUCAAACUGGGUAACUGUUAAUUUAUGGCGUUUAAUAAAUAAAAAUUUUCUCUUUAA